AUGACUUCUCCUCCUCCUCCUCCUCUUCCUCCUUUUCGGUCUAAUACUUCCUCCUCCUCCUCCUCCUCUCCAUAUGUGGCGUUUGUAUCAGAACCUUGGACGAUAUGGAUGAAAGAGACUCUGUCUCAUCUUAAAUCUCGAGGGUUGUUACGAGACUUGAAACCACUUUCGUUAAAAACCAAAUUAGGUGUUGAAGAGUUUUACGAUACAGGAAGAGAUGCGAGCAAGAGUAACAUAAGCGAUGUACCAACAGUUUCGGUUGAUUCCGUGCGCGCUCGAGUAGAUAAGGAAACGUACGAGAGAUGGCUUAAUAAUGGAAGCAGCUCAGGAAUAACAACAACAUCAUCGACAACAACAACAACAACAACCGAUUCUUCAACGAAAAGCGACUCCUUCAAAGUCGUUACUCUUUUUUCGUCGAACGAUUAUCUUGGAUUGAGCGCGAACGCUCGCGUUCGUCGGGCGUUUGCACGCGCCGCUUUAGAAUUUGGUGCGGGAUAUCGCGCGUCCCAGCUCAUAGCUGGAUACACGAAUUAUCAUCGAGCGCUCGAAGAGAAGUUGGCAAAUUUAGAACGGAAGAGCAGUUGCGUGUUGUUUCCCACGGGUUUCGCCGCGAACAUUUCAGUUCUACAAACGUUAGCAGAAAGUGUAUUUAUAAAGAGACAUGAUGACAGUAGCUUAAAUGAUAGAGUAGCAAAUGUAGACUCCUCUACGUUAGAGGUUGAGAUAUUUAGCGACGCGCUCAACCACGCGUCCAUCGUAGACGGAUGUCGACUCGCCAAGGCGCGCGUUUCAAUCUUCAAACACCUAGACUACGACGAUUUGGAAGCGAGGCUGAAAAAGUCCUCAGCGAAACGUAAGAUUGUCGUCACAGAUGCAAUUUUCUCCAUAGACGGAGAUGUUGCCAAUAUUAAACGUUUAGGUUCUUUGAAGAAGAAUUAUCCGUUCUUGUUAAUUGUGGACGAGGCGCAUUCGACACUCGUCUACGGCGAAUUUGGAGGUGGGCUCGCGGAAGCGCAGGACGCGCAAAAUGAUGUUGAUAUUGCAAUUGGAACGCUGUCCAAAGCGAUUGGUGCACACGGUGGAUUCGCUUGCUGCUCGGAAGAAAUGAAAUCGAUUCUCCUUUCCAGAGGUCGCGGACAAAUUUACUCGACAUCGCUACCUGCGCCAAUCGUUGUCGCAGCAAUCGAAGCUCUGGAUAUCGCACUCGAAAGACCAGAUCUUGCGAAUAAGUUAUGGAGAAAUGUGCAUUAUUUUCACAACGAUGUCUUGCGAUCGAAGCAUAACAGCAAUAACGCAGUGACGGUUAAAAAGAAUAAAAUUGUAUCUGGAUGCGUGCAAAGCGCGUUUGAUAUCCGAGACUCACACAUCGUGCCUAUAUUCUGCGGUGAUGAACAGACGGCUUUGCGCGUGGCGAAGCAUCUCUUGCUUCGCGGCUUUCACGCGCCCGCGAUUCGUCCGCCCACUGUUCCUGAUAAUGAGUGCGUUAUUCGUUUGGCAAUAAACGCAAUGCAUACGAUGAAAGAUCUCGAUGAGUUGGGUGCUGCGCUGAACGAAGCCUUUUCAUUCUCACCGGGAGAAUCAAUAUUUACGUCUCGAUUGUAA